AGUAGGAUUUGACAGCUGCUGUCUUCCAGCUUCAGCAUCUGGUGCAGUUAUAUACCCAAUCUCUGUGAGACCUAUCACAGUGCAUUUCCCCCCUAAGAAACCUUGCAGGUUUUUUGUGCACUAAAUGGGAUUACACGGACGGUGAUUGAGCGGGCCCUGCUGACUCUUAUUUCUCGAGCAACCUGUCACCCAAUGUCUCGCCUUCUGAAUUUCCCCUUUUCUGUCCCAGCGAUGGUGGUUUAGAGGGCGAAAGUGUGCGGACUAACAGCCCGGAGACAGCGACACGGUACCAGUCGAUGGUCAGCCCCCCUUCCCUUCCCUUCCCUUCCCGGCUGUCAGACUCCUUCGGCGCUUGAUGUUGGUCAUAUCUGGCGGAGAAACAUUGCUUUUUUUUAAUUCCCUAUAAUAAAAAAAAGCAGCCCCCCCCACCCACCCCUCUACACAUCCAGCCCCGGUUAUUUGAUUGAUUUGGGUCCUCCCAGGGUCGAAAGAUGGCGGACCUCGAAGCAGUGCUCGCCGAUGUCAGUUAUUUGAUGGCGAUGGAGAAGAGCAAAUCUACUCCAGCGGCCCGGGCGAGUAAGAAAAUCAUCCUGCCGGAACCCAGUAUUCGCAGCGUGAUGCAGAAGUACCUCGAGGAGAGAGACGAACUCACGUUUGACAAAAUUUUCAACCAGAAAAUUGGCUUCCUGCUGUUCAAGGACUUCUGUUUGAAUGAGAUCGACGAGGCCGUGCCGCAGCUCAAGUUCUACGAAGAAGUAAGUCUACAGCUAAAAGUCCUGUGCGUUGGCAGGCGGGUGCACGGGCGCAGGUGGGUUGACCAGCGCCAUGCAGGGCUCCCUACGGUGGCAGCUCCUACUGGACGCUGGUUUCCUCUCCUCUUUUUGUCUCAGCCCUUUUCGAAGACUGCGGUGGACCACGUGCAGAGCCACUUAGCGAAGAAACAGGUUCCCCCGACUCUGUUCCAGCCAUACAUCGUGGAGAUCUGCGACAGCUUGAGAGGGACCAUCUUCCAGAAGUACAUUGAGAGUGACAAAUUUACCCGUUUUUGCCAGUGGAAGAACGUGGAGCUCAACAUCCACGUGAGUACGAGCUCCAACCAUCCUGUAGUUUGGUUCACGCGCUCCAGACUCAAAGUCUCCACACCGCGCUACAUCUACACCGCUGCCUUUUCAUUUUCGAGCGGCAUUUUCAGGGCAACAAAACUCUCUCUCUCCCUCUCUCUCCCCCUCUCUCUGCAGGACUGCCCGUUCAUCGUGUGCAUGACGUACGCCUUCCACACCCCCGACAAGCUCUGCUUCAUCCUGGACCUCAUGAACGGGGGCGACCUGCACUACCACUUGUCUCAGUUCAGUCCAGAGAUCUUUAUCAGCCACGAAAUCAUCCUGGGCCUGGAGCACAUGCACAACCGCUUCGUGGUCUACAGAGACCUCAAGCCAGCUAAUAUCCUGUUGGAUGAACACGGCCACGUUCGUAUCUCCGACCUGGGCCUGGCCUGCGACUUCUCCAAGAAGAAACCCCACGCCAGCGUGGGGACUCAUGGCUACAUGGCCCCGGAGGUUCUUCAGAAGGGGACGGCGUACGACAGCAGCGCCGACUGGUUCUCUUUAGGCUGCAUGCUCUUCAAACUCCUCCGAGGGCACAGUCCCUUCAGACAGCACAAGACCAAAGACAAACAUGAGAUUGACCGCAUGACGCUCACCAUGAAUGUGGAGCUUCCGGACUCGUUCACCGCGGAGCUCAAAGACCUGCUGGAGGGGCUGCUGCAGAGAGACGUAUCCAAGAGGCUCGGCUGUCAGGGCCGAGGAGCCCCGGAGGUGAAGGAGCAUCAGUUCUUCAAAGGCAUCGACUGGCAGCAGGUGUACCUCCAGAAGUACUCUCCUCCUUUAAUUCCUCCCCGUGGCGAGGUGAACGCCGCGGAUGCUUUCGACAUCGGCUCCUUUGAUGAAGAGGACACCAAGGGCAUCAAGCUGCUGGACAGCGACCAGGAGCUGUACAAGAACUUCCCUCUGGUGAUCUCGGAGCGCUGGCAGCAGGAGGUGGCCGAGACGGUCUACGAGGCGGUCAACUCGGACACGGACAAGAACGAGGCGCGCAAGAGGGCUAAGAACAAGCAGCUGGGCCACGAGGAGGACUACGCCUUCGGGAAGGACUGCAUAAUGCACGGCUACAUGCUGAAGCUGGGGAACCCGUUCCUGACCCAGUGGCAGCGCCGGUACUUCUACCUGUUCCCCAACCGUGUGGAGUGGAGGGGAGAGGGCGAGUCACGGCAAAACCUGCUGACGAUGGAGCAGAUUGUGACCGUGGAGGAAACGCAGAUUAAAGACAAGAAGUGCAUCCUGCUGCGCAUCAAGGGAGGCAAGCAGUUUGUGCUGCAGUGUGAGAGCGAUCCGGAGUUCGUGCAGUGGAAGAAAGAGCUGACCGAAGCGUUCACAGAAGCCCAAAAGCUGCUGCGCCGAGCCCCCAAAGUCAUCGGGAAAGGCCGGGCCGGAGUGGUGGAGCUCUCCAAACCUCCGCUCACGCACCGCAAUAGCAAUGGCCUGUGAAUACACACACGCACACAUUUACACACACACACACACACACACACACACACCACCCUCACAUCCUCAUCAGCUGCAGGACAUUCGCCCUAACAGCCCUCCGUGCAACACCUUGCAGUGUAUAAGGACCCUUCCCACAAGCCUCUUAUUGACCCUGCACGCACGCACACACUUACACACACAUGCACACGCACACUUAGACACAUACACACACACAGACGACGACCAAUCAUAAGCGCUACAUAGUUUUUGCGUCUGCCACGGGACCUUGCCAGUGCACCGAGAGGAAGAAAGAGAUUUCGGGGGAGGCCUCGGCGUGUGAAGGACCUCUGCAUGAAUGUGACGAGGACCAACGCCCGGUCCUCUCUGCUCCCCCGUCUUUCUCUUUUCCUCCCCUCCCUC